AUGCUUUUAUUAUAUUUUGAUUCCGACGAGCAGUGGCCGCGAGCAUGGCGUGAAUUGUCGACAUGUGAGGAUCGCGUGACACUUUUGACCAACCACUCGGAUAACCAUCAGAUUAUUUUCCUCAACCCAUAUGUCCCAGAUAGCGUCGGAAAUGGGCGAUGUGUGAUAGUGCAGGAUGCGUUGAAAGAGAAUUGGAUCUCGUGCUCCGGAACUCGCAUUUUCCGAUCUGCAAGAAGUCGCUGGUGGUUCUUAGCUCUUGCGAAUUGUGACCCAAAUGAAGAUGAGGAACGAAGGAUGUACAAUAAUGAAUCAAUUGGAAUAUAUGCUGAGUUUGCGCUUACGAUGACAAACGGAUUGCCUUCAGAGAUUCUGAAAUAUCAAUUUUCUAUUGACGAAUGGCUAAUCCUACCAUCUGAUACCUUCUUCUUUGCUCUACAAAUGAUUUUGAUUGUUAUUGUGAUGUUUAUAGGAAAAAGCCUAUCCACCCGUCGUCUAUAUCACAACAUUUAUCGCAUGUGCGCUCAUUCCAUAAUCGGGAACACAAUUGGAUUAGCUUUCUUGGUCACCAACUAUGUCAUUUACGCAAUGGACGGAAUCGGACUACCGAUUAUACUCGCGUUCGGGGAGUUUAUACGCGCGCUGGCUGACAUGCUUUUUAUGUACAUGUGUCUUGUACUUGCGCGUGGAUUGAACGUCACCAAGAUGCGAUUGACUACGUUCGACAAAUUCUUCCUGGUUAUUAUGUUCUUUGUAUUCAUCUUAUCGUACCUAGCAAUGCAGUUCUGGGAAAUUAAGUACUUUGAUCCAGCUAUGGUAUUUGCGAAAUCCGAAUCCCUACCAGGAUACUUGUUAGCUCUCUGGCGUCUCACCGCGUGGGUCUUCUUUGUGAUAGCCUGCCAGUUAUCCAAAAAUGACUCUCCAACAAAAGCGGCAUUUUUCACUAGUUUCGCAUUAUUGAUGACACCAUGGUUCUGGGCCCCACCGAUCUUUGUAAUCGUCGCGAACUUCUUUCUCAACAACUGGGUGCGAGCGGAAGUGGUGAACAUUGUGGAAAAUUGCGUCACCUUCUACGGAUAUAUUGUUUUCCUGUAUUUGUCACGUCCGUCUGAUAACAAUCAGAAUUUUCCAUUCCAUAUCAGAACUACACAGGUUGAUGUUGACACUGGAUUUGAUCCACAAACCGCAUAUGCUCAAAACACUGCAGAAACUAACACCAAUGAUGGAAUGCAUGGAGUUAUAGAGAUGACCGUUCGGAACAAAGGUGGUGUACAUGCCGCAAGCGAAGAAGUGGAUCGUGGAAUCAUCGAAAGGCCGCAAAUCAGUUCUAGUUAA